GUCUGUGCGUGAAACCUAAACGAUACAAUGGCAGAAACAGCUCCAGCUCCCGCUGCGGCCCCAGUAAAGGCACCUAAGAAGAAGGCACCCCGACCCAAGAAAACUGGCCCGAGUGUGGGCGAGCUCGUCGUCAAGGCAAUCUCUGCCUCCAAAGAGAAGAAAGGAGUCUCUCUGGCUGCGCUGAAGAAAGCACUGGCGGCUGGUGGAUACGACGUAGAGAAGAACAACGCUCGUGUGAAGAUAGCCAUCAAGAGUUUGGUCACCAAGGGAACUCUGGUCCAGACUAAAGGGACCGGCGCCUCUGGUUCCUUCAAGCUAAACAAGGCAGCGGAAAAGAAGCCCGCAAAGAAGGCGGCUCCUAAAGCCAAGAAGCCAGCAGCGAAGAAACCUGCCGCGGCAAAGAAGCCGAAGAAGGCAGCAGCCAAAAAGCCAGCGGCCGCUAAAAAGUCUCCGAAGAAAGCAGCCAAGAAGCCCGCCACGCCGAAAAAGGCAACGAAGAGCCCGAAGAAAGCAAAGAAGCCCGCUGCACCCAAAAAGGCAGCAAAGAGCCCCAAGAAAGCAAAGGCAGCGAAACCCAAGGUGGCUAAACCCAAAGCUACCAAGCCCAAAGCUGCCAAGCCCAAAAAGGCUGCACCCAAGAAGAAGUAAAUGUCGUGCACAUUCUUCUGAUCUAUUUUACCAUGUGUUCAAAAAGGCUCUUUUAAGAGCCACCCACAAGCUCUCUGAAAGUUUCUAUUCCGUCAGUGUUUGCUGAUAGGCAAAGCAAAUUAUGUUUGCAGUUACACAUUCACACUCAGUUCCCUCACAGAAAACCCUUCCUGUGUCAUAGAUCGAAUGAAGUAGCCUAAGCUGCCCGAGAUGGGAAUUCCAAUAAAAGCGAGUGCUAUUAUGCAGUUUGUAGGCAAUUCCCCAAUGGGUCGGUGAUUUUGAAAAUGCAUUGUAAUGGGUAAUUUAAUAUACAGCAUGCUUUCUUCCCAAUGCAACAGUUGCAUUCAAACAUGAAACAACGUACCCAAAACCUUGCAACACAACAGCUUCUAAAAGUGUAAUAACUUUAUGCACCAGUGCCAAAGUAUCUCAGGAAGUCUUGUUGGUUUACUGAGUUGAACCGUUGAAAACUUCGCUGAAUAACUGGGAUAUUACAUUUCUAUUAUGCCUUGAUUUUUUUCGAUUGAGAUGAUGCGCUGAAA